CUUCAAUCCACUGUGUAAUUCAUUCACCGCGGUCCCUUCUCUGCCUACUGUAUGCGUCGCGUGUUCACCGCGGCCCCUUGUGCCUACUGUACAAGGUGCAUUCACCACACGAAGAUGCGUUUCGGCGUGCGGCUCGUGGUCUGCAGCAUGAGCGGCGGUCGCAUCUGCUCCCGACUUCUCUCAGUGACCCCGCUCAGCUGCAAAGUCAAAUCGCGCAGAUCGCUGAGGAAAUAUGCGGCUCUAGCAGGAUCGGUGAUUGCAGGAGGCUGCGUGUUCGUCGCGUACGAGGCCGCGUCGCUGCGCUUGGCUCUGCAGAUCCGGACGUCGGCCGUGGACGUGGAGAAGCUCAAGUCGUACAUCUACAUUGACACGGAGUCACCGCUGCCCCCCGGGAACCAGGGUCUCCCCGAGCGUGUGAGGACCGGCCUACACAGGCUGCGGCGGAGGCUGUACGAGGCCACGCUCGGGAGGCUGUGGAAGCCGCUGGAUGACAUUCUUCCUGGCGCCAACGAGGACGACAGGAGGCUGUGGCAGCUGCUGCAGAAAUCCCGCUCUGCCCAGCGGUCAGAGAGGCUGCAGGCCGUGCGGGAACUAGCGUCUGCCCACCACUGGCCCGAUUACCAGUACAGGAACGUGGCCCAGGCAAGCGACGCACGGACCCUGGUCGGCCUGGCUCGAUCCAAGGACGUGGACUUGAGAUUUUUCCUCCCUCCUGCCCCUCUGCUUCGUUCGGACACCGGCCCUUCCCCUGCCUUGGCCGAGGAGCUGCGAGCCCUGGUGGCUGCUCUCCCGCAGCGGAGCGAGGACUCCUGCCUGCGCUACUUCACAUCGCUGGCGCUUAGGGAUGGCUACGAGCACGUGGAGGCACAGAGGGAUGGCCCGGGCUGCUUCGAGACGAGCGAGUUCCUCUACGCACAGACGCUCAGCUCGCUGGCGCCCGAGCGCGCCGAGGCCUUCUGCCUGCACGCUCUGCUGCACCAUUCCAUGCUGCCGGGCCACGGUAAGCUCAUGGUGGACCGUGGCGCCCUGCAGCUGCUGCUGAGGCUCUACCUGGCGCGGCGCGACCCGGCGCGCAAGGUGCAGCGCCGGGUCACUCGCAUCCUGGGCAACCUGGCCGCGUGCCCGGAGCUGCACGGACAGAUCCACCAAUCCGGCUGGCUGCGGCCGCUGGUGGAGAUGUCUCAGAGUCCCCGGGUGGUGCAGGCGUGCCACGCAGCACGGGCCCUCGCCAACCUGGACAGGGAGACGGCGCACGGGACCCUGAUGGAGGGAAUGUUCCUGCUGCACCCUCUACACCGCAGCAGUGAGGAGGUGUCGGCGGAUGUGCUCUUUGUGCACGGCCUCCUGGGAGGUGGCUUCAAGACGUGGCGGCAGCAGGACGUGGAGGCGGCACCCUCCGAGGAGGGCCCCGAGAGCGAGGCCUACACCCACUGCUGGCCCAAGGCCUGGUUGGCGCCUGACUGCCCGGGCAUUAGGAUCUUGAGCCUGGACUACGACACCCACCUGAGCGACUGGAAGGUCAAGUGCCCAGCGGAGCAGCACAGGCGCUCGCUGGCUUCUCGGAGCGUGGAGAUGCUGGAGAAGCUGAGGCUGGCGGGCGUGGGAGACCGCCCGCUUGUCUGGGUGGCUCACAGCAUGGGAGGCCUGCUGGUCAAGAAGAUGCUGUCGGAUGCAGAGAGGCUUCCGGAGUUCCGCCAGGUGGUGGAGAAAACCCGCGGCGUGGUCUUCUACAGCGUGCCACACCGGGGCAGCCGCCUCGCCGAACUGUCACGCAACGUCGGCUACCUCCUCUUCCCCUCCGUGGAGGUCAAAGAGCUCGGCCAAGACUCUCCGCGACUCAAGGAGCUCCACGCGGCGUUCACGGCGCUGGUGCAGCGGCGCCGCCUGCGUGUGCUGAGCUUCGGGGAGACGCGGGCGACGCCCGUCCACGGGCUCAUCCGCAUGCUGGUGGUGCCUCUCCACUCGUCCGAUCCGGGCGUGGGGCAGUUCGUCGCGCUGGACGUCAACCACCUGAACGUGUGCAAGCCCUCGAGCAGGGAGUCUCUGCUCUACCAGAGGACGAUGAGCUUCGUCAGGGACUGCGUUCACGAGGGAAGGGCAGAGGGCGGCAACAACGGCAACAACGGCGGCGGUGGCGGCAGCAGCAUCACGUGACCAGUCAACUGAACUCUCACGCUUCGUAGGAUACGCAGCCAGCGUGAAGUGUGUGUGUGUGUCUGUGCGAGCGUGAGUUUGCACGCACACAGCCAAGGUGAUGUGUGAGUGUGAAUUUGCACAGUGAGUGUGAGUUUGCUCACACACGCACACAGCCAAUGUGAUGUGAGCGUGAAUUUGCACAGUGAGUGUGAGUUUGCUCACACACGCACACAGCCAACGUGAUGUGUGUGUGUGAGCGUGAAUUUGCACGCACGUACACACACAGCCAAGGUGAUGUGUGAGUGUGAAUUUUAACAGUGAGUGUGAGUUUGCUCACAUACACACACAGCCAACGUGAUGUGAGUGAGUGUGAAUUUGCUCAGACACACACAGCCAACGUAAUGUGUGAGUGUGAAUUUGCACAGUGAGUGUGAGUUUGCACACACGUAACAUCUUGUGUGAGCGUGAUGUGUGAGCGUGAUGUGUGUGCGUGUCAACUCACGCUCACACACUGUUAAGAACAAAUUGUCACAUUAACUUUGGUUCUUCAUUUAAUUUGGUUUAAUUCCAGCUCUGAGAAUUCGAAUAUUUGUUUGACCGGCAUCACGCGACGGCCACUCAUACAGCAGAGCGAGUUGGGAAAGAGUUGCCCUCUACUGAGUGUGUGGACCCCAGAUGUGGCUCUGUGUUAUCUGCUUUUGUGGGCUAUUCUGUGUGUGAAUCAGAAUAUCGUUUGAAGACGGGAUCUCAGAGGUAGAUCUGUGAUAUCAACUUCUGUCAGCUGUUCUCUUCACACGCAGGGAUCUGGCACUGCUCAGCCGGAUUUGCGAACGGAUACUUCAUCCUGUGACAUUGCUAGUGUGAUCAGGAUCAAGUGGAAAUACAUGGAAUGCGGGUAAUUGACAGCAGCUGAUACUGGAAUCAAUACUCAUCUUUGCAGUAAUUUAUCCUGUAUGGAAAGCACUUAUAUGGAUGGCCCACUGGAACAGUCACGCUGCAUCUUAUUAAUUUUUAGAAGUUUUAGAGAAACCUGUUUACUCAGCACAGGAGCCAUUCUCCCAUAGCCAUAUUGAGAUGCCUAUCCCCACCGCUAUUCAUUUCUCGGAACCAAGGCUAUGUGCUUAAAGUGCACUUGCUACCAUUGCUUUGCACGAUAUUAGAAAGCCACCGGGAGCUAUGCAUUUUUAAAAUCUAGAUUGAAAACUAAUUUCUUCGAGGGCUGCUUUUCGCGUUUAGUUUCUUCUCCUCCGCACCGGCGAUGAGCACGGUUGGCUACAUGCGAUGCAAAACAAUUUUUUUUUUUCGAUUUAAAGCUUUCGUGACUGCAGGGAUUCAUCUUCUCGGUUCUUUCGGUAAAGUCACGUAGAAGGGAAAUAAUAAAGUAAUACAAAUAAAACAGUAAAAUAAUUCUCACGACGUUUGAAACCCCCUGCCCACCUCCUACGUAUUCCACAAGUAAUGACUAAUCCCAUAUCUGCAUUUCUCAUAAAUAUGCUAAAUUCCUCUUGAUAUGCACAUUCUUUUGUCAAGGCACUCUUCCCCCUCCAACCCAGCUUAAAUAUACGCUCCAAGCCUGGUGGUGUUUCAUUCAGACGCUGUCUCCCCGACAGACCUGUUCUUCACCUGAGGACGUCUGCUUGCGUUGUGUCCGAAACGUCGUGAGAAUUAUUUUAUUAUGUUUUAUUAUUUUAUUAUUUCCCUUCUACGUGACUUAAGAAAGAACCAAGAAGGUGCGAAACAAGUUGCGAUGGCCAAAUAGAAGUGCAGUGCCACACGACACUCGCUCACCCGAACGGCGUUGUGUUGAUCUCCCCCCGAACGCUUUGACCGUGGCAGCGCGUACGCAAUGUGCGUGCUUCGUGCAGUCGACCGAUGGCACCUUUGCAUGGCGAUGUAAGCACGUUCCUUCGGAGUGGGCAGGUAGAAACUUGGUUGGACAGCGCAUUCGUGCGAUCCGUGUUGGAUACCGUAGUCGUGUUGGAGGUUGUCGUAUGCACGACAGGCAGACAGAUAAUCCCUGGUGGGCAGUGUGGAACCUGUUGUUCCUACCUGUAGUAUUGUGUGCAGGCCCCUAUUCAGCCUGUGCCGCGGGUGGGACAGGUGCUUUGUUUUUUUCCCGUACAGUCUGUUCUCCUAUAACGCGUGUUUUCACAAGACGAACUGUAUACAACGCGAUGAAUGUCUUCGGGGACACAUUUAUUGUUAUAACGCGGAUGCGAGUUGGAUACAACGCGAUUGAGUGAACGGAAUGACAACGCGCGAGUCGGAACAAGCGGCUGUGGGGCUGCCUCGGCGCGUGGCAUCGCACAAGGCAGUGGGAUGCUGCUGGAUGCUUCGAGAUCCUACCCAGCCUGCAUACGCACCUCGCGCGUAAUCGCGGACUUUGCUGUACCCGACGUAUUUAUUGUAACCCCGAUUUUUCAACAACGUGGUAUUCUGCCGGAACGCAACUCCUACACGUUAUAGGAAAACAUACUGUACUGCAAUCGGUAAUGAAACUUUCGCAGCACCACUGACUUGUGCCUUGCAAAGGCUUUGCCCUCCUCUGCCCGGGUCACCCUACGCUUAUUUUACUUUAAGAAAAAAAGACAUUUGCUAGGUACACAGGCCUAAAGUGCCAUGCUGUGAAGCUAUCUUCUCUUUCGUACGGCCGAUGUGGACGUAGAGCAGCGACAUUUUACAUUGAGCUGCUUAAUGAGCCAGAUGAUUGCAUCGGGAGUAGUGGUAUGGUGUGACGCUACCAUCUCUACAGCUCUCGGUGUGAACCUGUGGGUCUCUCUGUGCGACGAUUUGACUCACCUCCCCCCUCCUCCCCCGCCAUAGGAAUAUGGAAUUUCCACCAUUGGCUCAGGGUUGUAAGGAACGGAUGAGCACCGCCUCGAUGGUCUCACAUGAGCAGGAUGUCACUUUGAUUUCAAUAAUUCGUAUUCGGCUGCGGUUUGUGCAAGAUACGUUGGAUUGAUUGGAUCAUUUGACCGUGAUUAUUCGCUGAGUUGGAACGUCUGGUUUGCGAGGGUUGCCCCGGGUGUCGCAUGACACAGAGAAAAUCCACGUAAUGACACGUGCACUAUGCGCCCGUGUGGUGUGUGAAGAAUUAUAAAUGUAUUUUAUUUUUUCAUUUUUACACAAACACCUGGUGUCUCAUCAUCAGCAGAGUCAGGUUUUGCUUGAAAAAUGUUGAUAAAAUGCCAGAUGUUUCAUAGGCAAGGGCUGGCUUCGACAUUAAUUGUCUCAUCAGCAGAGCCAGGUUUUGCUCGAACCAAUGUUGGUGAACUGCCAGAUGUUUAUAUGCGAGGACACUGUUAAAUAUCGGUCCCGGUUAAAUUUAACACGAAAUUCUAGAUUUGAAGCUUUCGUGACUGCAAGGAUAUUCAUACUCUUUGGUUAUUUCGGUAAAGUCACGUAGGU